AUGAUUCGUGUGGUCGGCGAGAGGCAGAGGGAGGCAUGGCGGCCCCGGGACGCCGCAGGUAGUCGGCUGAAGGCGAUGGCGCCGCUGUGGCUGUGGCUGUGGCUGUGGCCGUGCUGGGGGCUGGCCCUGGCCCGCCAGCAGCCCGUCUUCCACAACCAGUUCGCGGUGCUGGUGCCGGCGGGGGCGCGCAGCGCGGACCUCAUCGCGCGCCGCCACGGCUUCGACAACCUCGGCCAGAUCGGCCAGCUUCCAGGGUACUUCUUGUUCGAGCACCGACAUGUCCAUAAGAGGUCGCUGUCGCCGAGUCAACUACACAUCGACAAACUGUCCUCAGAACCGGGGGUGCAGUGGGCGCAGCAGCAGCACGAGAAGGUGCGCAAGAAGAGGGACGUGCCCCGAGACCCUCCCGCCCCGCCCCGCCCCCCGCGGGGGGAGCAGCCCCUGGACCCGGCCGCCUUCACCGACCCCCUGUACAAGGACCAAUGGUACCUGAACGGCGGCGCCAAGGACGGCCUGGACAUGAACGUGCGCGCCGCCUGGGCCAAGGGCUACACCGGCAAGGGCGUCGUCGUGUCCAUCCUCGACGACGGCAUCCAGACCAACCACCCGGACCUGGCGGGCAACUACGACCCGCUCGCCAGCACCGACAUCAACGACAACGACGACGACCCCACGCCGCGCGACGACGGCGACAACAAGCACGGCACGCGCUGCGCCGGAGAGGUGGCCGCCGUCGCUUCCAACGGCUACUGCGGCGUCGGCGUCGCCUACAACUCCAGCAUAGGCGGGGUGCGCAUGCUGGACGGCACGGUGAACGACGCCGUGGAGGCGCGCGCGCUGGGGCUGAACCCGGACCACGUGGACAUCUACAGCGCGUCGUGGGGUCCCGAGGACGACGGCAAGACGGUGGACGGGCCGGGCCCGCUGGCGCGCCGCUCCUUCGUGUACGGCGUCACCAGCGGACGCAAGGGCAGGGGCUCGAUAUUCGUGUGGGCGUCGGGCAACGGAGGGCGGCACGCCGACUCCUGCAACUGUGAUGGCUACACCAACAGCAUAUUCACGCUGUCCAUCUCCAGCGCCACGCAGAACGGGUACAAGCCGUGGUACCUGGAGGAGUGCUCGUCCACGCUGGCCACCACCUACAGCUCCGGCACGCCGGGCAGGGACCGCAGCGUCGUGACGGCCGACGCGGACGCGCGCCUCCGCGCCGACCAGCUGUGCACGGCCGACCACACGGGCACCUCGGCGUCCGCCCCGCUGGCCGCCGGCCUGGUGGCGCUGCUGCUGGAGGCCAGCCCGCGGCUGUCGUGGCGCGACGUGCAGUACCUGGUGGUGCUCACGUCCCGGCCCGCGCCGCUGCAGCGCGAGGCCGGCUGGGCGCUCAACGGCGCCGGCAGGAAAGUCAGCCACAUGUUCGGGUACGGCCUGAUGGACGCCGGCGCCAUGGUCACGCUCGCCAACAUCUGGACCAACCUGCCUCCCCAGCACGUCUGCAAGUCGCAGCUGGUUAGCGAGGACAGGGAGAUCGACGCGCGGCCCGGCUCGACGCUGGCGCUGCACGUGGACGCGGACGGCUGCGCGGGCACGGCCGCCGAGGUGCGCCACCUGGAGCACGUGCAGUGCCGCGUGUCGCUGCGCUUCUCGCCGCGAGGCAGCCUGCGCCUGGUGCUCACCUCGCCCGCCGGCACCGCCUCCACGCUGCUGUUCCGCCGGCCGCGCGACACCGCGGGCUCCGGCCUCGACGACUGGCCCUUCCUCAGCGUGCACUACUGGGGCGAGCGCGCGCGCGGCCGCUGGACGCUCAGCGUCGUCAACGCCGGGGAGCAGGAGGCGUCGCAGCCCGGGCUGUUCAAGAAGUGGCAGCUGAUCUUCUACGGCACGGCGGCGGCGCCGGUGCGGCUGGGGGCGGCCGGCGGCGGAGGGCAGGAGGCGGCGGAGAACAGCACCGCGGCGGCUGAGCCCGCGCCCAGCACCUGGGGCGGCCAGCUAGACGCCGGGCGCGCGGUGCUGCUGCGAGGAUGCGACGCCGAGUGCGACGCGCAGGGCUGCUACGGCGCGGGGCCGACGCAGUGCGUCGCCUGCAGGAACUACGUCCUCGACAGCUCGUGCGUGGGCCGCUGCCCGCCCCGCAGCCACGCGGCCGCCGACGGCACGUGCCUGCCGUGCCACGAGUCGUGCGACACGUGCGCGGGAGCGGGCCACGACGCCUGCCUGACGUGCGCCCCGGCGCACCUGCGCGCCGCCGACCUGGGCGUGUGCCUGCAGCAGUGCCCCGACACCUACUACGAAGACUACGAGCGCGGCGAGUGCGUGCCGUGCGAGCCCACCUGCGCCAGCUGCCGCGAGGCGCCCGGCCGCUGCGCCAGCUGCGAGCAGCGCCUGGUGCUGCACGGCGACACGUGCCUCGCCGCCUGCCCGGCCGGCACCCACGAGACCGAGGACCGCCGGUGCGCGCCGUGCCACGAGUCGUGCGAGACGUGCAGCGGCGGCGGCGAGGGGCGCUGCGUCACCUGCCGCCCGGGGCGCUACCUCGCGGCGGACGGCGGCAGCAGCUGCGCGCGCGCCUGCCCGCGCGGCUGGCGCGGCGACAAGAGGCGGCGCGAGUGCGUGGCUUGUCCGCGAGGCUGCGCCACCUGCGGCGAGGACGGCGCGUGCCGCGCAUGCGCAGAGGGCUGGGCGGCCGACCGGCGCGGCGGCUGUCGGCCGCGGGGCGAGGGUCGCUGCAGCGCGGGCGAGUACUGGGGCGAGGGCCGCUGCCGGCCCUGCCACUCGACGUGCGCCGCGUGCGACGGGCCGACGCAGGCGCGCUGCGCGUCGUGCGCGGGGUCCCUGCUGCUGCACGGCGGGAGCUGCGUGGCCGGCUGCCCCGCGGGGCUGCACGCUCGAGGGCCGGCCUGCGCCGCCUGCCCGCGCGCCUGCGCAGAGUGCUCGGCGCCCGACAACUGCACGCGCUGCCGGCCCGGCCUGCGCCUGCAGGGCGGCGCGUGUCGCCAGGCCUGCGCCCCGGGGUACCACGCCGAGCAGGGCGAGUGCGCGCGCUGCCACCUGACGUGCCUCACGUGCAGCGGGCCGCGGCGGGACCAGUGCGUGCGCUGCCCGGGCGGCUGGCGGCUGGCGGCGGGCGAGUGCCGCGCCGACUGCCCCGAGGGCUUCUUCCGCACCGACACCAGCUGCCACCAGUGCCACCGCCUCUGCCAAGCCUGCGACGGCGCAGGCCCCGGCCGCUGCACGGCGUGCCGCGCGCCCUCCGCGCUGCAGGGAGGCGCGUGCCUGCGCUGCCUCGCCUCGCAGCACUACGACCCGGCCUCGCGGCGCUGCCACCCGUGCCACGCCAGCUGCCGCUCCUGCGGCGGCCCCGGCCCGGGCGGCUGCCUCGCCUGCCGCCCGCCGCUGCGGCUGGACGCGGCCUCGGGCCGCUGCGUGCCCUGCUGCGCGCGCGCCGGGCCCCGCCCCUGCUGCCGCUGCCACCCGCUCACCGGUGAGUGCAGCGUGGCGCAGAUGGCGGACAAGCGCCGGAAGGCCGCGGCGCUGGACCAAGACAUGUCUCUGGAGCGGGAUGCGAUCCCCGGGGGCCCGUGGUGGGGCGACCACGCGUUCCUCAGCACCGGCGUCGUCGCGGUCUGCGUCGCCGCCACGCUGCUCUUCGGCGCCACCUUCACCCUGCUGCAGGGACACGUCCCCGAAGGCCCCGCCAACACUUCAAUUCCCUCGGCCGCAGCGAGCGCACGGUCGACCCAUCGCUGCGGCCAACUCCAGGGUCACAUCCCCGAAGGUCCCGCGGUGGAUGUGGGCAUCCCUCCACCACCUCCUCCAUGA